UCAAAACAAACCCCGGCAAGGGCUGCUAAUCUCGAGUGGAGGGAGGCGUGGAGCUGCACUGGGAGUCCUGACACUACCGCUAAUAUUAUCAAAGCGAGAGAGGCAGCCGAGCGCAGUACAGAUAACACACAGUGCAGUUUACACGCUACAUAUUCAACACUGCAGCAACUCGCAUUAAAAUAUAUACAUAUAGCAUCAAUAGCAGCGAUCGCGAUACGCCAUGUCGGCUAGUCCGGGAGACGGGAAGUUGGAUCUGAAACAGGCCAGCAAACAUGUGAAAGAGAGCGAGAAUGUGGCCGAGAAAUUCUCAGCAAUGACCGUGACCAAAAACAGCGAAAUGGGCAUCGGGGACAUUGCCGGCGUCCCGGCCGCUUUCACCCCAGUCGCCGGUCACAAACCUGUCAAGAAGCAGAUCCAGUUUGCGGAUGACAAACAGGAGUUCAGCCGCUUCCCCACCAAGACCGGCCGGCGCUCUCUUUCACGCUCCAUCUCGCAGUCCUCCACGGACAGCCAGGGCUCAGCUGCGUCCUACACAGACAGCUCCGAUGACGAGACUUCGCCCAGAGACAAGACUCAGGUCAACUCCAAAGGCAACAGCGACUUCUGUGUGAAGAGCAUCAAGCAGGCAGAGUUCGGCCGGAGAGAGAUUGAAAUUGCAGAGCAAGAUAUGUCAUCCCUCAUUUCCCUCAGAAAGAGAGCGCAGGGAGAGAAGCCGCUGGCUGGAGCCAAGAUUGUGGGCUGCACUCACAUCACUGCCCAGACUGCGGUUCUGAUUGAAACCUUGGUGGCGCUGGGCGCUCAGUGCCGCUGGACUGCGUGCAACAUCUACUCCACACAGAACGAAGUGGCAGCCGCGCUGUCCGAGGCUGGAGUCGCAGUGUUUGCCUGGAAGGGGGAGUCGGAGGAUGAUUUCUGGUGGUGUAUUGAUCGCUGUGUCAACAUGGAGGGCUGGCAGCCCAACAUGAUCCUGGAUGAUGGAGGAGAUCUGACUCACUGGGUUUAUAAGAAGUACCCCAAUGUCUUUAAGAAGAUCAGAGGGAUUGUGGAGGAGAGUGUUACCGGAGUCCACAGACUCUACCAGUUGUCCAAAGCUGGAAAGCUUUGUGUUCCCGCGAUGAAUGUGAACGACUCCGUCACCAAACAGAAGUUUGACAACCUCUACUGCUGCAGGGAGUCCAUUCUGGACGGUUUGAAGAGGACCACAGAUGUUAUGUUUGGCGGAAAGCAGGUGGUCAUUUGCGGAUACGGAGAGGUUGGGAAGGGCUGUUGUGCUGCUCUGAAAGCUCUGGGCUCCAUUGUGUGCGUUACAGAGAUCGACCCCAUCUGUGCUCUGCAGGCCUGCAUGGACGGGUUCCGAGUUGUAAAACUGAACGAAGUUAUCCGUCAAGUGGACGUUGUCAUCACCUGUACAGGAAAUAAAAACGUGGUCACGAGGGAGCAGCUGGAUCGCAUGAAGAACGGCUGCAUCGUGUGUAACAUGGGCCACUCCAACACGGAGAUCGAUGUGGCCAGUCUUCGCACCCCAGAGCUGACCUGGGAAAGGGUGCGGUCACAAGUGGAUCAUGUGAUCUGGCCAGAUGGCAAGAGAGUCGUCCUGCUGGCGGAGGGACGUCUCCUGAACCUGAGCUGCUCCACAGUCCCUACCUUUGUUCUGUCCAUCACAGCCACCACGCAGGCUCUUGCCCUGAUAGAGCUCUACAAUGCCCCCGAGGGGCGUUACAAACAGGAUGUCUACCUGCUGCCUAAAAAGAUGGACGAGUAUGUCGCCAGCUUGCAUCUGCCCACCUUUGAUGCCCAUCUCACAGAGCUGUCAGAUGAACAGGCCAAAUACCUGGGACUCAAUAAGAACGGACCUUUCAAACCAAACUACUACAGAUAUUAAUGUUUGAAGCGCUGGAUAAUCCCAUGAAAGGACCACGAUGCCUGCAACAAACCUCGAUGUUUAGCGAGCCAGAGGAAAAGCCCACUUUAUUUUCUGUGUGCGAUACAUUCCCUGCAUGUUUCAUUUAUUUCCAUUGCCAGUCUGUAAUUAAACCCAGCGAGGUAGUCACCUUCAGAGUUUCAUAGUGAUGUACAGCCGGGGCCAAAACGUUUGCAACACCUAGAAUUUUAGGAUUGAGACAUCAUUUUUAACAACUUUUAUGAACAUAAUUUAGAUAUUUUCUUUAACAUCAAAGAAACUACAUCGCAAAAAAUAAGUCUACCAGAAGCCCUAGUUGUGGUGCAGUAGUAUUUCAUGUAAGAUUUCAAACUGUCGCUGUUUUUUUUAUUUGUCAGUAUUUUUGUUAAAUGAAAAACUACACAGCGGUGUGUGAUUCGGUAUGUUAAGAUAACAUUGUUCAGCAGGGUUCAUUCGACUUUAUGCAGUAAAAUGAGUUUGUUUUAUGGGGGGGGGGG